AUGUCUUUCAAGGUAAGCGAAGAUGUUGCUGUUUGUGGAGGAAGGCUCUUGAAGCUGUCCCACUUCUCACAAGUGAUCGGAACAAUAAUGAAUGUCAACGUUUAUUUGCCGAAGCAAUACUAUUCCCAGACUGACAACAAGGUGAUCCCUGCUGUAUACUACCUUUCUGGCUUAACUUGCAGCCCUCAGAAUGCUUCUGAGAAGGCUUUCUGGCCCUUCCAAGCUGACAAGUAUGGAUUCGCAGUGGUGUUUCCUGACACAUCUCCUCGUGGUGGAGAUGUGCCAGGCGAUCCAGAGGGCUCCUGGGACUUUGGCGUUGGCGCAGGAUUCUACGUGAAUGCCACCCAGAAGCCUUAUGACAAGCACUAUCAAAUGUAUGAUUACAUACAUAAGGAGCUGCCAACAUCGCUGGACGAGUACUUUUCAAACGGCUCCCGUCUAGAUUUCGUCGACAACGUGGCUAUAACUGGCCAUUCGAUGGGCGGUUUCGGUGCUUUAGCUGGGUUCUUGAAGAAUUACGAUGCGAACCGCUACAAGUCCUGCUCCGCUUUUGCUCCCAUAGUCAAUCCUAUCAAAGUUCCUUGGGGUAGAAAAGCGUUUGGGGGAUAUCUAGGGGCAGAUGAGGAGGCUUGGAAAGGGUACGAUCCGUCUGAACUGGUAAAGAAAGUUAGCAAUCGAGGAAAUGACCGGAUUUUAAUUCAUCAGGGAACAAAAGAUCCAUUCCUCGAAAGCAAUUUAAAACCUGAGCUUCUGUUAGAGGCAUCUAAGGGCACUUCUUGGGAAGGUAAGAUUGAUUUAAAACUGGUUGACGGUUUCGAUCACUCAUACUACUUUGUAAGCAGUUUUGUUCCGGAACAUGCAGCCUUCCACGCCAAGAACUUAGGGUUGAUUUGA